UUUCUCAGUGCCUCAGUGUUUAUUUGAUCACUUCCUUCGUCUUUCCUUUCAGGGUUCUGAUCAGCCUCUGAUUGUUAGAUUUGCAGACCCUAAAAAACCUCGUCUAGGGGAACCAAGGUUUAACUUUAACGCUCCACCUGCAAUGCAACAAUACGACCCAAAUUGGCACCCACAACCAUAUCCCCAAUGGGGAAACAAUGAACAUGCAGCUCCUAGAUUCGUUGAUUUCGCUUCUCAGCCAAAUCACUUCCCGCAGCAAAAUGCUCAAGCAGUAUCCGAGUUUCAACAACCGCUGCAUCAGAAAUCUGAGACUGCCAGCGUGAAGACUAGAAGCGAUGGUCAGAAGAUUUCUAGUCGUUCAAAUGCCAUCCAUGAAGAUCAAAAUACAGAAGAAUGUGACUGGAGUGAGCACACUUGUCCUGAUGGGAACAAGUAUUAUUUCCAUUGUGUCACUUGUGAAAGCACGUGGGAGAAACCAGAGGAGUACUCCAUGUUUGAGAGAUGGUUCGACGAGCAAAUAAGGCUACAAGAUCAAAAUAUUGCCAAGAGCCAAGAUGCAAUAAAAAACACCCAGCAAGAUGAGUCUACUCUAUUGGAACAGACUACUAAACUCCAACAACAAUCCUUAUCCACAGCGGAUCAGGAGAACAAUUCAGUAUAUCCGGUAGUAACAAGAGUGAGUGGCUGUUGAAACGUCGUGUCCAUAAAAAUGUCUCAGG